GCCUCCCCUCCGGCGUCUAGGCGGAAAUCCAGCAGAAGUGGAAAGGUGUCUCAAGGUAAGAAUUGAACGCGGGGUGGCGCCUGCGCGGAUGGGUUGAACUGACCUCUUGUCUCAGAUAAUGCCUCAGCAGCACAAUCUUCGCCUCUUCGGCAAAAAAAGCGCCCUUCCAGAACCAGCCCCGAUGCGAUCAUGAAGGAGGCGGAAGAGGAAUUGGAGGAACCGGAACCGGAGCGAAGCGAAGAACGGGAUUCUUCUCCUCCGAGCGAAAGCCAUGAGGGUACAAACCCUUCGGGCCUCGAUGAUGAUGACGACGAGGAUGACGGGGACCUUUUCCAGAACAGUCUGUUUGGAGGAUCGCGGAGUCCCUUGGGACUUCAAAGCACCCUCCGUGCUCUGAGCGGCAUGAUGUCGGGCAUGUCUUCGCGCUUGCGAGAUAUUCUGUGCAAUCUGAGAAUGAAGGAUGACCCGUCCAUCCAGCUGAUUGCUCUGCAGGAGCUCUCUGACCUACUACUUGUAUCAAAUGAGGAUAAUCUUUCCGGCCAGUUCUCCCCAGAUCCGUAUGUAAAGGAGUUGGUCGCCUUGAUGCAGCCAAGCGAUUUUGGUGAAGAGAACCCAGAGAUUAUGCUUCUUGCGUGUCGCUGCUUGGCCAAUCUAAUGGAGGCUCUGCGAGGUUCCGUGGCCAACGUGGUCUACGGGGGGGCUGUUCCAGUCCUGUGCCAGAAGCUACUGGACAUCCAAUUUAUUGAUCUGGCCGAGCAAGCUCUCAGCACUUUGGCGAAGAUAUCAGUGGACUUUCCGGCCUCUAUUGUGCGUGAGGGCGGCUUAACAGCCUGUUUGACCUACCUUGACUUCUUCCCGACUAGCACGCAGCGUACGGCCGUGACAACGGCUGCUAACUGUUGUCGCAAUCUUCCCCAUGACUCGUUUCCAGUCGUUAGAGACGUUAUGCCAACUCUUCUCAAUGUUCUCGCUAGCAAUGAUCCCAAAGUUGUUGAACAGGGCUGUCUAUGUGUCUCCCGAAUUGUCGAGAGCUUCAAGCACAAGCCAGACAAGCUAGAAGAACUGAUCGAGCCUGCAAUGCUAAAGGCUGUGCUUCGGCUGCUCUUGCCCGGAACUACCAAUCUUAUUGGCCCGCACAUUCAUACGCAAUUCCUCCGUGUACUUGCCAUCACAUCCAAAGAUAGCCCGAGACUCUCCGUGGAACUGCUGAAGAUGGACGUGGUUGAUACUCUUUACCAGAUUCUGACCGGGGUUUCACCGCCGGCAAAUCUCGAUGACACAGCCGUCAAGAUGGAUAGUGUUCUCGUCAUGCAGGCGUUGAUCCAUCGCCCCCGGGAGCAGGUUUUCGAAACGCUCAACGUUAUCUGUGAGCUGUUACCGGGCGCCACUAGCCGGCAUCUUCCUCAAGCGGACGGGUUGCUUGGCUUCCCCAUUGAGGGUGAUGCUGCACGCGAGCCAAAAUCCCCCAAGGCGAAGGAAUCCGCGGAGAAACGACGCUCAUUACUCCUGGGCUGCAAGGUGGAAUUGAAGCGCUUUGCCAUGAUCUUGCUACCGACCUUGACCGAUGCCUAUUCAAGCACCGUUAAUCUAGAAGUGCGCCAGAAGGUGCUGACAGCUCAGCUCAAGAUGCUGCACAAUCUAGAUGCUAGCCUAGUCGAGGAUGCACUGCGCACAGUUCCCUAUGCCUCUUUUCUGGCUGCUAUCCUCUCCCAAAAGGACCAUCCGUCUCUAGUAUCUUCUGCGCUACGUUGCGCAGAAAUCCUAUUCCAGCGUCUGGAACAUGUUUACCGGCAUCAGUUCCAUCGUGAAGGUGUCAUUUCGGAGAUUUUCAAGCUUGCCGAGGCACCACUAUCUACUGACAAGCAGGGCAAACCAACAGGCGAUCCCUCACCCGCUCCAGAUACCUCUGUAGAAGCGAAACCAGCUGGUAGCGCAGAAGACGAUGGCGGCGACGAUGGCGAAGGAGCAGAUGAUUAUGACGAGCAAGAUGACGACGACAACGAUGAUAUGUCCGAGUCGGGAAGUUCCUCAUCAUUCUCCGGUCACGUACUCUCCACUAGAAUCGAGAAUGCCAUGAGGGAUCUUGUAACCCGCGAUGCCCGGGGCUUCGCGGAACUGUAUGAGUCGAGCCAAGGCAAAGACAUGCGGGACAAGGCUUUGGAAACACUGAACGAACUGAAAACCAUUGCAGCAGACAUCGAGGCGUUCUAUGCAGGCGAUGGCGAAGAAGAUGGCCUUUCGCUUUUCAAGAAACUUGCGGCGUAUUUCGAUGGCGACGCAUUGGAGAGUAUCACCAGCUCCGAACUUCUGAACUCGGGGAUCAUCAAGGUGCUACUCGAUGUUUUUGGAGAUUUCCAAGGUAACUGCCCUUUCGGUCCCAUCCACGGUCAAUCACUCAUUCGCUCUUUAGCUGCAUCCAUGCGCGAGGCUCGUGCUGCUUUUCUACAAGCGUUCAUGGGAUCUACCAUCUCCGAAAAGGCACAGAGUCAAAGUACGGCAACUACGCCGUUCAGUGUUCUGAUUCACAAGCUGCAGGAUCUGCUCAGCAGGACUGAGCAUUUUGAAGUCUCUACCGUCAGUCAUAAUUCGUUGGAGAACACAAGAAGCAAUGCCGCUUAUAUGCUGGGGAAACAACUCCGGCUGAAGCUGGUGGCAGAUGAAGGUUCAGAUAUUCCUCGCACAUACCGGAACAUCAUGGUUUCUAUUCAUGCUAUCGCGACCUUCAAAGCCUUGGAUGACUUCCUCCACCCUAGAAUUAGUCUUUCAGAUCGGCCGAGACCAUCUCGCACCCGGGACACGAUUCUGUCUCAAGUUGCUAAUGCAGCACGUCUCCGGGAUCAGCUGGCCGGCGGCGAGUUCCCUGGCAGUGAUGCUGCUUCCCUGCCUCGAUCAUCGACAACUUCCGGCAGACCCCCCCGUCCAGGGGAGGCAGGCCCGGAUGCUAAUGAGUCACCGGCUGAGGGACGUGAUCACGGCUCCAGGUCCAGACGGUCUGGUCGGCAACAAGGCACAGGCGGAAACGAGCACGAGGGUGAGCCCCUUGAAUGCGCCGAUGAACGGCAAAUGAGCGAUGACGAGGACCCGGAGGACGACGGCGAGGACGAAGAACUGAACGCCAUUGUCGAUGACCUGGAAGAUGAUCUCUCUGACGAUAAUGUCCAUGACCCGACGGCCGUCAACAUGGAGGUAGCAUCUUCAGGCAAGGUCACGGCCCGGAAAGAAGACGGUACUCGCGUGGCUACCCCCUCGCAGUCGACGUCAGCGUCCAAGUCGUCCGCUUCUGCUUCCGGUUCCGCGUUAAACCCAUCUGGAGGCAGUUCCCUGGCAAUGGCUGGUCGUCCAUUCUCUUCCUAUGCCGCCGCUAUGGCCUCGAUUCCGUCUGACUGGCAUAUUGAGUUCAGCGUAGACAACGAAACGGUCACGAAUGAGACGACCAUUUACCGCGCUGUCCACCAUAACCGUCAACCUGCUGACCCUAGCGCAAGGAAUGUUUGGUCGUCUGUUCAUACAGUCAAGUUUAGGAGAGCCCCGGGGCCCCCACCUCCGGAGCCUUCCACGCUCACGCAGGGCACAUCCGGAUCUGUUGAGAAUAACGACGGCAACGAUAUGCCUCCGUCGCUCAGUCAAGACCAAACUACCGCAUCAAUUCUGCAGUUGCUCCGUGUCUUACACGAGAUGAACUCCACUCUUGAUGACAUCCUUGCGGAGACCAAAGAGCUGGUCGCCCUUAAACCGGAGCCCUUGGCCCAGUUCAUCAACACCAAAUUGACUGCCAAGCUCAACCGACAGCUGGAAGAGCCACUCAUCGUGGCCAGCAGCUGCCUUCCUAGCUGGAGCGAAGAUCUCGCCCGCUUCUUCCCUUUCCUCUUCCCCUUUGAGACACGCCACCUGUUCCUCCAGUCGACUGCAUUUGGCUACUCGCGCGCGAUGAUGAGAUGGCACAACUCUCAAAACGGAGAUGACAGUCGCAAUGACCACCGGCGUGAUGAUCGGCCGAUUCUCGGACGACUCCAGCGGCAGAAGGUGCGAAUCUCCAGAAGUCGCAUCCUCGAUUCAGCUAUGAAGGUGAUGGAGUUGUAUGGCUCUUCGCCUAGUGUGUUGGAGGUCGAGUAUUUUGAAGAAGUAGGCACAGGCCUGGGCCCCACUCUGGAGUUCUACUCGACCGUAUCGAAGGAGUUUUCGAAAAAGAAACUCAAGAUCUGGCGAGAAAAUGACUGCAUCAAUGGGGACGAGUAUGCCUUUGGCAAGCGAGGUCUGUUCCCUGCUCCGAUUAGUGAGGAGCAAGCCGCCUCGGAAUCUGGAAAGAAACACCUUCAACUAUUCAAGGUCCUGGGCAAGUUUGUUGCUCGGUCGAUGAUAGACUCCCGGAUCAUUGACAUCUCCUUCAACCCGGCCUUCUUCCGAAUCGCCAACAGCUCGUCUUCUGUUGCCCCCUCACUUGGCACUGUGAAGGCGGUGGAUCAGGAUUUGGCCAAUUCACUGCUUUUGUUGAAGGCGUUUGCCAACGCGAAGAAGGCGGUGGACGACAACAGGACACUGUCGAAAGCCCAGAAGAGCCAAGCCCUACAGCAAAUCGAAGUGGGCGGGAUCACGGUCGAGGACCUGAGUCUGGACUUUACACUGCCCGGAUAUCCGGCCAUCGAGUUAAUCAAGAACGGUUCCAACAUCCCGGUAACGAUCGAGAAUGUUGACUUGUACGUCGAUCAGGUCGUUGAUAUGACCUUGGGCAGUGGCGUGCAGCGGCAGGUCGAGGCUUUCCGAGCUGGGUUCUCACAGGUGUUUCCAUAUUCCGCUCUUCGGACAUUCACCCCCAACGAACUUGUCAUGCUAUUUGGUAGGGCUGAGGAGGACUGGACCAUUGAGACACUGAUGGAUUCAAUCAAGGCCGAUCACGGCUUCAACAUGGACAGCCGCAGUGUGCGCAACCUGCUGCAGACGAUGAGUGAAUUGAGCGCCCAACAACGGCGGGACUUUUUGCAAUUCGUUACUGGCAGUCCGAAACUCCCGAUAGGCGGUUAGUAUCCCGAAUUGGCUGUCUGUGACUAUACUAAUGGAUUAC